AUGACAAAACCACAUAUAUUUGGCAGAAACAGAACUACGAGUGAAAGCGAAGAUAAAAAUGACCGCAUCGACAAUGGGAGUGGAAUUCCAGAGGACAGGAAAUUUAACAAGAACAAGAGACCCGAUACACCAACUUCUCCAGAUGUAACUGCUCAAAGCAUAUAUUCGCGUCGUUUAUAUGCAUCUACAGACAUAGACUCGCAUCCGUCUCCAAAAGUACACCCGUUUUCGCCUUCACACCCGACCAUUUGGCGCCAAAACUCCCUCCCAACGUUCCCAACCUCCUCUUCCACGUCCAACAGCUCGUCUGACAAGAUGUUUCAAAAAAUUCGUCGCGAAGCUGAAUCUAUCUCUGACAUCAAUCAAAGAUGUACAUUCCUCUCCAAUCAGUGUCAAAGCUUAUCCGAAAAGGUCUCCGACUAUGCAAACAAGUUGAAACUAUUGAAGGAAGCAGGCGAAACUCAGGUGAAAGCUGUUGAAGCAUUAAAAUCAACUGUGGCAAGAGAGCAAGGGAAGAAAUUAAAAAUUAAAAAAGAGCUGCAGACAUCGAGGGCCUUAUUAGACACUUUACACCAAAAUACAACAGCUGUGAUAAAAUGGUCGGAUUUAGAUCCGAAUAAUUCUGUGCACAUCACACGAGCACUCGAAUCGUUGCUCGAGCCACUUUUAGAGAUAGGUCAUACUAAACGUCAUGUUGACAUAAAUCAGGCUCAAUCUGCGCAAUUGCUGAAAAUGUAUAAUUGUAAAAUGAAAAUCGGGGAACAAGGAUUUAAAGUGGUAUUGAGUUGCGCUCUGCAACGACUGGUCGUUGAGAGUGUGCUUUGCUUCAUGAACGCAUGGCUAGGACGCGUUGGAUAUCCGCAAAAGGAGGUCGUGAAUGGAAAAGUGAGCAAUAUUGUCGCAGAGUGGGUUAGGAAAAUGGAAGAAGGGAGUGAAGGAAUUAAUCUGAAUUCGCAAGAAUUCGAAAUAGUAAAGCAUUCAAACGAUUUAUUAACAAUGCUUGAAAAUUUCACAAAAAACAAGUCUGAUGCAAAAGUAAUCCAGGAGCAGACGAAGGUACUGAUAAGGCAGCAGGUUUCUUCCUUGUUGGGCCAGCAUGCGUUUGCUCACAUCGCUUCAGGGCAAUCGCGUCCACAUCCAUUAAUUUUGUUCUUGACAUGCGAGAUCAUAUCUCUUGUUUCUACCUACGUCUCUUAUCGUUCAUUCACUUCUCGGACUUCCUUUCCGUAUUCACAUCCUCUUUACAACACGGUCGUGUCUUUCCUCGAGUCACUAAUUUCUGUAAUGCAUUUCCAACUCACAACUCAAGACCCUGUACCCCAAUGGAGGUUUUAUGAAGCGGGGGAAAGAUAUGAGCAUAAAAGUGGUCAUACGGGAUCAACGAGGCAAAAAAGACAAAAGAAAGGAGCACUGGAAGUUGAGAUAUGUUGGUUUCCAAUCGUCGCGUUAAAUACUGACAUUGUAAAGAAGCCAGGUCAGAACAGAAGUAUUUAUUGUAAAGCGAAAGUCUGGGCACGAAAAAGUGAUCUCGACUACGAAUAA